CCUCAUUCUCUCUCCCCCCAAGAAGCGAUCACAAUGACAAAAUAUGACUUUCUCUGCGUCAAAUUCUUUCUAGGGCCGGCUCUUUUGGUAGUAGCACUUUUCAUUCUUCGUUACACUUGCCAACCCCAAAACGUGAACGUCUUCUCUUCUUUCAUGCCCGCAAUUUCAUCCAUAUCUCCGUCUCCGUCUCCUUCUCCGACCCAACCCCCGUCCCUAGAGCCGAGCGUUGACCCGAAAUCUCAGCCCGAACCGACGGGCAUGACGUCGAUGAACGCCACAACGAUCACUAGCUGCCAAAAGAGAAGAGAAGGAGAGUUGGGGAAGGCAAGAGCGAUGAUACUUGAAGCCGUAAAGACAAAAAACUAUACAUCGGACAAAGACGAGGGCUUUGUUCCUCGUGGAGCUGUUUACAGAAACUCGUAG